AUGCGUGGAUUUAUCAUCGUUCUCUGCCUUGCAUUUGCCCAAGCUGAAAAAUUGGGAUACAAUUACGGACAAACUGGAUCGCAUAAUGCAUUUGAAAGCCGCUUCCGACAUAGAGGAAAUUCAGCCUCAUCCCCAUCAACAGCCCCCUCCAUCUCCAACGGAGUUGGGUCUGGACUUGACAGUAGACUUGGUGGAUACCCUACCGAUUCAGUACAAUCAGGACCAGCAGCAACAGUAGAAACCAACUAUAAUAAAGAAUUCUAUUCUUACUCGGCACCCGAGGAUGAUUUCAAUGAUAUUGCUGCUGCUGAACGUUUAGCUUCAGUAAUGCGUAAAAAUCUACGUGUCGUCUUUAUCAAGGCACCCGAAAAUAAUGGGCUCACCAAUGCUGCUCUGCAACUGGCCAAACAAAAUUCUGAAUCGAAAACUGCCAUCUAUGUGCUCACAAAACAGACUGACAUCGGCAACUUGGCCAAUCAAUUGCAAACUCUGCAACACAAUCCAGAAUCGAAACCUGAGGUACACUUUGUUAAAUAUCGUACACCUGAGGAUGCUGUUCGUGCUCAACAAAUUAUCCAACAUGAAUAUGAUGCUUUGGGCGGUUCAUCACGUCUAUCAAAUGAAGGUGUUGCUCCUGUUUUGGAUUUUUCAUCUAAAAAAGAAGAUGUAACAUCGAAUAGCAAUUUGAACAGCAAUCUGGGCACAUUUGAUGGUGUUGCAGCAUCACUAAACGCUUAUCUUCCACCUAAGUCUAGGCAUUAA